AAAUGUUAUUUGCAGUCAGCGUUAGCUUAUCGCAACUAGAUAAACAAAAGCUGCGCGCUUAUAACAUAUUCUGCAUCGCCUCCGAUUUGUAUAUGCACUAACGAAUCACAUCAGACGAAUUGCAUGAAACAAAUCUAAUUUUGCGGCAUUUGUAAUAAACUGCACACGAGCGCGCAAUGUUAAAAAAAUGUACACGUUUCACUGAUAGUUUUGGAGACACCCACUUCACUCGCAAGACUCCUUCGCAUUAUUUCAAAUAUUAAUAAAUUUUUUUCUCCCAAUUAAGAAGACAUCAUCUUCAUCAUUAAAACGAAUAAUCUUCGCUCGAGAUAACCCUCACACUCAGAUAAGGCAAGUGAAUAGAUGAACUCUUAUUUAAUCACUUUCGCACAUAUUAUGUCCCCUUGCAUGUUACACUUUGUGUGUAUAAGAAGAUUGAUGGCCUGAAUAUAAUCGAAGGAGUCUUACUUUCCACAAUUUUCACAUCACAAUCCGGAGGAAUCUCGAAGAAGCGCAACUCUGAUUAAGAAAUAUCUCUUCAUGCGAUUAGUAAAUAAAACAAGAAGAAUUAACAUAAAUUUAUAGUUGCUGCAAAUUCUGAUUCCUUAAUUUUCUUCAGAUGCUAUCAGUAACUCGAUCGAGCGAUUCACGUCGUGCCCGAUGAGUCAAUCGUGGCCUAUUUAAUGGCAGCGACCUACUCAGCGAUUAUUGCGGGGAAAAACGACAAGAAACGGGCACACACACGAUUUGACGCUUUGACCUCAUUAAAGCUCUUUGACAUAUCGAUACGCAUAACCGAUAACCGUUUCCGUGAAGAAGCGCGUUGCGCACUUUUAUCGAGAAGAUGGAGAGACCGCUGACCUCCUUAUCGCGGCGAUGCGCGCACUCUUUGACCGAAAAUGCGCUGGCCAGUAGUAAAAUUGCGAUCGUUCACGCAACAUGCAGAGAUCGCUGAUCUGCCUGAUCGUUUUUACGUGCCUGGGUGUCGGCACCUGGGCGACGGACGGUGGUGUCAAGGGUGGAUAUCGGCCGCGUUAUCCCACGAAUCAUCAUGGUGGCACGAACUCCUCGCAAAGCGGGCUUUGCUACAAAACAGUGCCGUACAGCCACGUUUUAGCUCUGAACUCGAGCGGCUCGCCCUACAACACCAUCCCUCAACCAACCGGAGGCAGCCAGCCCCACAGUGACGACUGGAUCACUAUCUUGGACUGUUGCGACGGUUACAAGCGUAACGUGACGAACGGCCUGUGCGAGCCGCACUGCGAACGCGGUUGUUUCGGGGGUCGCUGCACAGGACCGAACAUCUGCAGCUGUUCGUCAGGAUGGCAUCCCCAGGAAGGCGUUUGCAUGCCCGUCUGCACGCGUCCGUGUCGGGAGAACGCCUACUGCUUCUCACCGGACGUGUGCGUGUGCAAAUUGGGUUACGACGAGAUCGAGAACCAGUGCAGACCGAUUUGCCCCGAUGGAUGCGGUAGGGGUGAAUGUGUGGCGCCGCGCGUCUGUCAAUGCCGGUCCGGCUACGUCCUGAAUGAGCGCAAGGAGUGCGCGGCUGCGUGCGAGGGUGGUUGCUCGCAUGGCACAUGCAGCGCACCGGGUGCGUGCACCUGCGACGACGGGUACAUUAAUCCACCCGGCGAUCGUGAGACAUGCGUACCCCAUUGCCCAGGCGGUUGUGAUGGUGGCGACUGCAUUUUCCCCGGGGUGUGCCGUUGCAGAGCCGGAUACAGUCAGGAUCCACGCAGCGGCAGAUGCACUCCCAACUGUCCACCGGACUGCAGUGCUACCGGUGGCGAGUGCACCGCGCCGGGCGUUUGCAAUUGCAGAAUCGGCUACGAGAGGGAGAAUUACAGCGGCCAGUGCGUACCAGCCGCGCCGGGCUCGUCGCAAUGCGGUGUCGGAUACAAUCUGGAUCCCCGCACUGGUAGAUGCAUACCGGCACCAGCGAACUUGACCUCCACGCAGUGCAGAUACGACUGUGGCCCGAACGGUGCCUGCGUCGGCAACCAGUGCGUCUGUCAACCAGGAUUCAUCGUUGAUCCUGACAUUGGCAGAUGCGUCCACCAGUCCUCCAUUCCUCCGUCGCAAUCCGGUGAUUGCAGAUUUGGCUGCGGUCCGAACGGUGUCUGCGUCGGGCACAACCGCUGCGCCUGCCAACCGGGAUUCAUCGUUGAUCCUGACAUUGGUAGAUGCAUUAACGCGUCGAUGUCCACCAACAUGACUUCCACGCAGUGCAGAUACGACUGUGGCCCGAACGGUGCCUGCGUCGGCAACCAGUGCGUCUGUCAACCAGGAUUCAUCGUUGAUCCUGACAUUGGCAGAUGCGUCCACCAGUCCUCCAUUCCUCCGUCGCAACCCGGUGAUUGUAGAUUUGGCUGUGGUCCGAACGGUGUCUGUAUUGGGCAUCGCUGCGUCUGUCAAGCGGGAUUCACGGUCGACCCCAGCACUGGUAGAUGCACUUACGCACUGAUCACUCCGACACCAUCCGGCGACUGUAGACAUAGUUGCGGUCCGAAUGGCAUCUGCGUCGGGCACAACCGUUGCGCUUGCCACUCGGGAUUCAUCGUUGAUCCCGACACCGGUAGAUGCAUCCACGAAUCCUCUACCCCUCCGUCGCGAUCCACUGAUUGUAGAGUUGAUUGCGGUCCAAACGGUGUCUGUAUCGGGCAAAACCGCUGCGCCUGUCAAUCGGGAUACAUAGCUGACCCCGACAUCGGCAGAUGCAUCCACGAGUCCUCCACUCCUCCGUCGCAAUCCGGUGACUGUAGAUUUGGCUGCGGUCCGAACAGUGUCUGUAUUGGGCAUAAUCGCUGCGCCUGCCAACCGGGAUACAUACUUGAUCCCGACACCGGCCGGUGCAUCCACGAGUCCUCCACUCCUCCAUCGCAAUCCGGUGACUGUAGAUUUGGCUGCGGUCCGAACAGUGUCUGUAUUGGGCAUAAUCGCUGCGCCUGCCAACCGGGAUACAUGGCUGAUCCCGACACUGGCAGAUGCAGUCCCACGGCGCCCGCCAACGCGACCAGCUCGCAGUGCAGAUACGGCUGCGGCCCUCACGGCCGAUGUAUCGGACCGAACAUGUGCGCCUGCGAGUCAGGAUUCCGCCACGAUCCGGAUACCGGAAGGUGUAUCCCGCACGAGGGGGAAGGUUUGGACAUGAACGUGUGCCAGUACCCGUGCCUGAACGCACAAUGUACUGGGCCCAACCAGUGCACCUGCAAUCGCGGAUACACGCAUGAUCUGCGAGAUCCUACGCGCUCCAGAUGCGUGCCGGUGUGCGCGGGCGGAUGCCCGAAUGGUGUGUGUACCAUGCCGAAUUUCUGCAUAUGCAAUCCCGGAUACCGGAAGGAACCCGGCGUCAAGGGUCGACAGAGAUGCGUACCGCAAGAAUGAAUACAGUUUCUCGCAAGUGACGAAGCGGAUUGGUACAGAUUAAUUCGGCAAGGAUGAAUGUGGUUUCACUGUUAUGUUCUGAAUUGUAUACAUGAACUGAUAAUGUAAAAUAAUUAUACUGCACAUUUUUACUUUACGCGAUAUAUGUUAUAUGGAAAUAACGACAUGUAUGUGAAGGUGUAUUAAGAAAUAAUGUAUAUUUUUAUGAUAUGUUUCUAUGUAACUAAAAGAUUAAAGUAUCUUGUAACAGAAUAAUCAUUCUGAUGGCUUAUAUUAUAUAUUACAUCGUUUUAAGUACGCUUGUAAUAUAGAAAUGUAAUUUUGCUGAAGCGAAUAAAGUGUCAGAUACCCGAAA